AAGUUGGUCAGUGUUCUGUUUAUCAGAGCAGGGCCUGCGUGGAUGAAUUACAAUUGAAUAAAGCGAUUUUCGAGAACCUGUAAUUUCGAAAACGGCAGAGUAAAAGAAAGUUUUCCAGGAAGACUCGAUCUUCCGGUAGCUUCGGUUAGUUUUACAUUCAUUAUAAUGGUAGCGCUUUGAUCGACGGUUUCCCAUCGACGGUCUUUUUUGACGUUCGUUACGAUUGUAAACUCUCCAAGGAAGGCGCGCAUGUCGCUUUUCGCACAGUGCUUCAAAUAGGAAAUAAAUAUUAAGAAUAGUGAGUUUCUAAUGCAGUGGUGAAUUUAAAAAUAAAACAAAACUUGAGGUGAUCCUUGGAAGAGGCCGAGAUCAAAGUUCAUUUAUGAAUAAAUGUAAAACGAAGUGAUUGAGAUCCAAGGAAGGAAAAGAACUGACGUUUUCUAACUCACAGCGAGCACUAUCUCGGAUAAUAUUCCAAUUCCGCUCUCGGUAAGUCUUCUCACGUCUACAUUCGUCAGUUUUCCAUGCUCUUUCGCCGUGACGGGGCCUCCUCUAUCCUCUGGCCAUCGUCGAGUCUCGUGUGCGAAGGUCAAAUAUGUGUAAACCUAUAAGGCCAGCGCAUCGUUACAUACAAAGAAUCAAGAUUCGACGCCAUAACAAUCAGGGGAUACGUUACAUUAUCGAUUCGGUUGGGGAACACCUGAAAGAUAAGCGAGCUCAAGUGUCACCAGCUUUCGAUACUUAAAUGGGGAAGAACAACGUAGAAUACCGAUGAAGAGAAAUUCCGUAAGAUUUUAACGAUGCAGAAUCGAGAAUCCUUUCGGAUGGGGAAUCGAGGUACUGUCGUCGUGGCAAGUGCGCAGCAGAAGGAGUGCCGAGUCUCGUGGCGAGCCAAUGCUCAUUGACUGCCUAGACAAUUUGGUCGUUCGUAUAUUGUUACGAUAUUAAAAACAGAAAAAAACGUAUCGUGACGAGCUGGCAGGCCAUCACCAGUUGCUGCUUGCCGAUCGUGCGAGAGUGAUCGUGCGAAUUUGGUGGCAAUGGCUGCGACUGACGGUCAGAUCGUCGUCGCAGCUGCACGCUGGGCCGACGAGGCCACCUAUCUCCGUGAAUUCGUAACGAAACAUCGGCUGCCGGCAGUCAUAAAGAUCACGAAAGGUCAGUAUGGUGGUCUUGGUGUACCAACACUACCCGCUCCGAGUCUACAGAGUACAUCGCUCCUUGUGUCGGCCGGUAGAAGACGCAAGAUCGUCGCCCAAGCGGUCAAGAUCAAGGAAGGUCGAAGGGUCGUAGGUGUUGGGCCAAGACUCGCCAUACCGGACUCUUAUGCCGGUUACUUCGAGAUACUUAGCGAAGAAGGUCGAGCUGUGCGCGGUAUCGAAUCGGUCAACGAACUCGCGCGCAGAUGUCCCGACGAGGGAGCCCUCGUGAGAGAGACUAUACGAGGAAUAGCGUGCAAAGUUGGCGAGGAAACGGGUAAUGUCAUACCGGAAGGAAGUAGAAUGUUGAACACCGGUGAAACGAUUGUUGCCGCUGGCGAGGUUAGCAUACCAGGCCGAGGACGUUUUCUCCGUUGCGUAGAUGGUCGAGGUGAGAGUGUGCUCCUUGGCAUGGAACAGCGUGGUCGUUUCAGUGCCUUAGCGAGGGAGGACAACAUCAGCGGUGUUCAUACAGCACGAGCUCUGCUAAGUAAACGAUUACCGCUUACAGUGCGAUUGGUCCACGGUCAACCACCGAGAGGUCUCAAAUCAUCCUCGCAAUUCGUACCGGAAUUAAGAUUAUUAUCGACUUUCGAGGAAGAGCAUGUUUUCGCAUUACCGUUGCAGAGAGAGGGAGCCGCUGUGGCAUUACCCCUGGCGGCACCGUUGAAGCUCGUCAAAGCCCGAAACGAGGAGUCAUUGAGAUCGAUGCCUGAGUUUACCCGACUGGUCGAAAGAGCAUCUCGUCUCGUUGCCGACGUUGCCGACAGAGCUCAUGUAUUGGAUGGCCGGCUCGGCGAAACCAAACAGGCGAGACAUACAAGGGGCGGUGGUUUUCUUAGGAGAUCAGCAAGUUCCGAUAGCGCGAAUACUCAUCAAUCUCAGCAGCAGCAGCAGCAGCAGCCACACCGUCAUCAUCACCAUCAUCAUUAUCAUCACAAUCAUUUCAGCAGUCACAGCAGCGGUAGUGCUUAUCGCGAUGAAAACCGCGUACCACCGUCCUACACCGAGGAGUACGAUGAGAUUGAUCAGAUUUAUGACUACGUCAGGGGUUUCGCGCCAUUGCCAAAAAGCGUUAGAUCCCCCUAUGAAAGUCCAGUCAGUAGCAACGGGUGCGUGCCAUCUGGCCAGUCGAAUAACGCGAGUCCACCUCUGACACCGGUGACUGUGACAAUCGCGCCUUUCCUUGAUGAUCGACCGGAGCCACCACCUAUCGAGACUAUACCAACGAAGAAAAUGCAGGCGGAAAAAAGAACGAGGAGGGCCGUGAAGGAAGCACCGAUGUUGAGAAUUGAGAAACCUCCACUCGCUAAGCUGUACGUCAAGAACAGUGGAACUCAACGUGGCAGACCUCUCAUGAGGCAGAAAAGCGCAUCACCUCUCAAAGAAACACCACCCGGAUUCAAGGGUGGCUCACCACUUUUCAAUAUCCGGUACAAGAGUCUAACGAAUCUUCAACAAGCUAUGGAACUCGAUGGAACACUAGAUUCCAGUCACUCCGGCGGAAGAACCUCCGGGGAUUCUGGUGCUGGAGCCAAACUUCCGGAGAAGAGAUCACGACGCUUAAGCCGACCUCGAUCCUUGACGAACCUCGUGUGGGAACUCCGUGGCGGCAGCGGAGGUGGGUGUACAAGACCCGAGACUCCGCCGCCUGUUAUCGCGGCUCCUUUGCCUCUUGCUAAAUGCGGACCGAGACUGGCACUCACUGUCGUGGCGCCUCGACGUGUUGGCACUCUCUACCUCUAAUUCAUUCAACCACAGGACUGAAGCGGGAGGAGAGCGAGACAAAGAGGGAACAGAGUGCGUGGUUCGAAUGUAAAACUGAGCGAUCUCCGACAAUGAGUCUUUGAAGAAUCAAAAUUCGUAGCAAGCAUCAGAGCUGAAUCAUUGGAAAUGAUACAAACUCACGAGCGGGUUGGCGAGUGCCAUUCACGAAAUUUCCCAACUUCAUUCGUUCCUUCCAACUAUGAUCAUUGACAAAUUGAUGUCUGGACACCAAGGAGACAACGAACUCCUUUGACACGGAUUGACGUACACAAGUGCCUCGCUGAUCCACGAGUUAUUUACGAUUAGAAAAAUAGAGAUACUAGAAAACGGAAAGAGAGAGAGAGAGAGGGAGAGGGAGAGGGAGAAAGAGAAAAAAGGAAUGUUGUUGUUCUUUCUUGCAUAUAAGGAAAUUCAGUUGAGGGACAAGAAUGCCAUAAUAAUGACCAGAUUUUGUGGUUCUACUUAAGUCAUAUUAAUUAAAGGUUUUUUUGCUUCGAGAAUUUUAGACAUCCGGCGAAACUUACGCAUUCCCAUAUCAGAGUGUGUUAUCGAUUAGUAAUUACACACCAAUCAACAGUAUACCAUGUAACUCGAAAUAUUUGCAGCAUUAGAAUUCAUUGGUAUGCAAUGGGUAGUUUCGCGAUAUGUUCUAUUCGUGCGCAAUGGAUCAAAUCGUUUUUUUAUCUCCUUAGAAAAGAGCCGUUAUUGGAACAAAAAUUCGGAGAAAUGCCCCGCUUAACCACUGGAACUUUGGUCUCAAAUGUGGCAGCUUGUAUGAGCGAUUCCAAGGGCAAGAUAUAUUUUUCAAUCUGCGGAUUUUCGUAGCUACAUGAUAUACGACAUUAUACCUUCGAGAUGUAAGCGAACCAGUGUGAUACAAAAAAAAAACAAUGUUAAAAAUAGUGUACUCGUACUUAUUAAGUUUUGUUUUUCCAUGAGCUGAGGAAUGCAAGUGCGAGAAAAUCGUAUAGACGUGUUCUCAUUGCAUUGCAAUAAUAGAAUAAACACAGUUGAACCGCCUUUUAAAUUCUGAUUAGCUCCAUUUUAUUACCUUGAAUUGAAAUUUUCAUUAAUGGACCACUGAAUUUUCAUACGAUAUGAAAGUACGCAAAUUUGUACACGAAAAUGCGCGAGUGUUUUAAGUGGACACACUCACGGAGUUAGAAAUUUGUAAUCGAUAUUUUAUUUGAUAUCGGCGAGUUUGCCAUAAACGAACUAUUGCAGGAAAACGACCUGAGCUCGGGACCACGUUUGGCGAUUAAUUUUUCCAGUAUCCACAGUGGGAUGUCUGGAUCCAGGUUUCACAUGUAUUUUUCCUUCAUUUAUAAUAGUUUUUUUUUCAUGUUGUGAUUACAGAAGUAGACGAAAUACGAUUAAAAAUGAAGAGUAGAAUAGGUUAGGUUUUUUUUCCAAUUGCGUGCGAGCGAGAGCGAGAGCAAAAGAGUGUGAGAGAGAUAAAGAAAGAAUUUCACCGCAAUAAAAGAGGGAUUUUUUAUCGUGCGAGAAGGACUCAUGGGCCAGUCGGAUGCGUCCCGAUACGUGGCAAUAAGUCAAGCGAUUACCGAUUAACGAAUGGCAUAAUAGGGAGCGAAUAAGGAGAAGCGCAUAUAGUGACAGUCAAGUGGCCUUUGGAGAAUAUUUUCUCACUAUUUUUUUCGGAGCCCCGAGAAAAAAAACAACAAAAAUACUAUUUAUCACGCUGAUAAGGAAUAUUGUACGUUUUUGUAGCAAUGCGAUGAAAAAAAUUAGUGAUUUAAAACUGUAUGAUAGGGUCUCGAAGUCCGAGCCUCGGGAGUAUUGAUCAUAGUAAUAUUACGUGUGUGUAGUGAGUUUUGAGAGAAGGCACUCGGUCCCCUUUACGAUUGAACUCUGUGCGACAUAUAUAUGUGACUUUGUUUUUUUUGUGUUUUUUUUCCUUUUGUUCUCUUUAUUCUUCAGUAUGUGAAUGAAUAUUUCGCGCGUCGAUGUUCUCAGGAAGCUUCAUAUUGCCACGAUUACAAAACAAUCCCGAUAACUCAACUUUUUAUAGUUAUCUAGAUAUUUUUUCAUCCAAUUACCUUUCUCCCUCGACUUUGGCACCAGCCAAACUUGCUUAACACCUCCAUUGUCGCUGUUUCAAUUUUUUGUAUUUCCCCCAUCAGCACUGAAACUAACCACACUCGUUUUCGUGGCAACGUGCUCAUACGUAAGGGUCGAGGAUCGCGGUGCCUUCGAAUACGAUCGUCGAUUUUAUUAAUUAAUGAUCGCAAGAACGGCUGAUAUCCAUUUUUGUGAUUCAAUGAACGUUUUGUUCGUUUCUCUUUUUUUAAUACUUUACGUAAUGCUUAUAGACUAGCUUAAAAUGUAUUCCCUCAAGAGUGUUUCAAUAAAUGCCUGUGAAUUCAGA